AUGUAUGGGGAUGCUGCCAACAAGCUAAUGCUUGAGGCCAAAAGGUCGUCUAACUUGAAUGAGGUUCCUUUAUACCAACAUGAUUUGAUUAAGGAUAUAGUGCAAGAAAUGUCCGAUCUAAAUAGGGAUGUGGAGUACUUGGACGAACAACAAAAGAUUCAAGAUGAAGAGGUUGAAGAUAUCGGCGAAGAGGAAAGGAAGGUGAACCAAUGCCAGUUGUUUGUCACACACUUAUCUAUGAGGAGGAACAAAAGAUGUUUACUUGCUUAUCAGAAACUCCGAGCAGACAAAAUUGACGAGUUUAGUUGGUUGAACAUAGAUCCAGUUCUAAGUUCAGAAACGAACAGGAACUCCAAAAAAGAUACAGAUGCCCCAACAUCUCCUUUUGGAGUCACAAAACUAGCGUUAGACAAUUUGAGCCAUCACGAACAGGAAUAUUUCAAACGUUACCAAGAGUUGGUUCUCGAUUUUAAGUCAAUGCAUUUCUGA